CUCACAGUUUAAGAGACUGCAAACUGUAUGUCUUCAUUCUGUUGAGUUGGAAAAGGAAUUUUUCUGCAAGCUUGGGAGAAAACAGUUAAUACUCAGGCUAUGGAGGAUUACGAUGAGUCCACUGCUUUUCUGGGUCAGUGGGGACGUUUCCAGCAGGUUGUCUUCUUCCUGCUCUGUGCCAGCAUCGUGCCCAAUGGAUUAGGCGCUUUCUCCGUUGUCUUUCUGACAGACAUUCCCAGACACCACUGCCUGAUUCCUGAGGAAAACCUGACUCAAGAUUGGCGCGAUGCAAUAAUCCCGAUAGAGGUGGUGAAUGGGAAACAGGAGCAGAGCAGAUGCAGCAGGUACAGGCUGGAUGUGGUCAGAAACCUCUCUGCUCAGGGCUUCAUUCCUGGCAGGGACGUCAACCUCACCGACCUGGAGCAGGAGGGCUGUGUGGACGGGUGGAGCUACAGCAAAGACAUCUACCAGUCUACUCUGGUUUCUGAGUUUGACCUGGUGUGCAGUGAUCAGUGGAAGCAACCGUUCACCUCCACAGCUUGCUUCCUGGGAUAUCUUGUUGGAUCCUUCAUCUCAGGACAGCUCUCAGACAGGUUUGGAAGAAAGCCUGUUUUCUUCGCCACCAUGGCAGUUCAGACAACCUUUUCCUUCUGUCAAGCUUUUUCACCUUCUUGGACGGUUUUCACCAUCCUCAUUUUCUUCAAUGGUUUGGGACAGAUAUCCAACUAUGUAUCUGGUUUUGUUUUGGGCACUGAGAUCUUGACUGGCGAUGUUCGGAUCAUAUUCUCAUCUAUGGGUGUGUGUCUGGGCUUUGCCAUUGGCUACAUGAUUCUGCCUCUCAUAGCUUUUUUUUUAAGGGACUGGAAAUCUCUCUUGUUAGCUAUCUCUCUACCUGGCGUGCUCUACAUCCCUCUCUGGUGGUUCAUCCCGGAGUCUCCUCGCUGGCUGCUCUCUCAGGGAAGAGUGGAGGAGGCCGAGGCCAUAGUGAGAAAGGCGGCUAAGACAAACAGAGUUGAGGCUCCAACGGUCAUCUUUAAAGAUUACAGUGCACAUGAUGAUGACAUGCACCCUCAGAAACACCUCAAUAUUAUCAGCCUGGUGAAGACACAAAGCGUCAGAAGCACGACUGUCAUUCUCUGCCUGGUGUGGUUCUCUUUGAGUAUUGGGUACUAUGGCCUGUCCCUGAACACAUCCCAGCUUCAUGCUAACCCCUACAUCAGCUGCUUCUUCUCAGCAGCUGUAGAGGUACCAGCCUACAUGUCCUGCUGGCUGGCACUGAAAUACUUCCCACGCCGACUCUCUGUCAUCUUUAUCUUACUCCUUGGUGGAGUGUCACUGUUUCUCAUUCAACUGGUGCCUGAAACUUUAUCAGAGCUGGCUGUCGCUCUGGAGAUGCUGGGUAAACUUGCUAUCACCAGCGGUGCAUCCCUGAUCUACGCCUACACUGCAGAGCUUUACCCAACAGUGCUCAGGAACACAGCGGAAGGCGUUUGCGUUACUGUUUCCAGAAUAGGAAGCUGCCUUGCUCCUUUUUUGUUACAGCUGAGGGAAUCUUUUGAGUACCUGCCUUAUAUCAUACUGGGGACUCUGGCUGUUUUUUCUGCCUUUGCAGCUCUUUUCCUGCCGGAAAGCUUUGGAAAACCUCUACCUCAAACUAUUCAGCAAAUGCAAAAGAGAGAAAGUUGGCUACAUGAUGCUGCCUCUCUUUGCUUACUUUUGACCUGAUUGCUAUCUCUCUGCCUG